AUGCCUCCCCCAGCUGCCUCCGGUUUCUCUAAUCUAUUGAAUCCGGACGACUCUGCCCAGGCCAGCGUCGCCGACUCCGAUUCCACCAUGGCGUCUUCCGUGAGCCUCUUGCCGCCUCUGAUGAAGGGCGCCCGCCCCGCGAACGAAGAGGUGCGCCAGGACUUGCCUCGUCCCUACAAGUGCCCGCUGUGCGACCGCGCCUUCCACCGUCUGGAGCACCAGACUCGGCACAUUCGCACCCACACCGGAGAGAAGCCCCAUGCCUGUCAAUUCCCCGGAUGUACUAAGCGCUUCAGCCGGUCCGACGAACUUACUCGUCACUCGCGCAUUCACAACAAUCCCAACUCACGCCGAAGUAAUAAGGCCCAGCACUUGGCAGCUGCCGCCUCGGCUGCCGGACAGGACACCCCCAUGGCCAAUGCCGCCAACAUGAUGCCUCCUCCCAGCAAGCCCAUUACCCGCUCUGCGCCUGUGUCGCAGGUUGGUUCCCCCGAUGUGUCUCCUCCACACUCGUUUUCAAACUACGCCAAUCACAUGCGCACCAACUUAAAUCCAUACGCGCGCAACACCGAACGCGCCUCUUCCGGCAUGGACAUCAACUUAUUGGCUACUGCCGCUUCGCAGGUCGAGCGGGAUGAUCACAUGGGCUUCCACGGGUCUCGUCACAAUUAUUACGGAUCGCGUCAUUCUAGCGGACGUGGUCUGCCUUCUCUGUCGGCCUAUGCGAUCUCCCAGAACAUGACCCGCUCACAUUCCAACGAGGAUGACGAGAAUUAUGGGCACCAUCGUGUAAAGCGUUCCCGUCCCAAUUCCCCCAACUCUACUGCGCCUUCCUCCCCCACAUUCUCCCAUGACUCGCUUUCACCUACGCCUGAUCACACGCCUUUGGCAACUCCAGCACAUUCUCCUCGUCUGCGUCCACUGGGCGCCAACGAGCUGCACCUGCCAACUAUCCGCCAUCUCACUCUGCAACACACUCCCGCUUUGGCUCCCAUGGAGCCACAACCGGAGGGCCCUAAUUAUUACAGCCCCGGGCAAGGCCACAUGGGUCCUAGCAUCACGGACAUCAUGUCGAAGCCUGAUGGCACUCAGCGCAAGCUGCCGGUGCCUCAAGUCCCCAAGGUCGCGGUACAGGAUAUGCUGAACCCAGCCGUUGGCUACAGCUCAAUCUCAUCGUCUGCUAGUACUUCCGUUGCUGGCGGCGACCUUGCGGAGCGAUUUUAA